AAAUCAGAUGUCAAUCAACAUAAGUAGCGAAUUAAAUUAUGGGGUUGCACCCAGGGUGGCCAAUUGGAUGUCAGGGGUGUUCAGUGCCACCUUGGACCCCCCUCUGGCUCCGCCACUGCUGCUAGCUAUGUAACAGACUGCUGUGUUUUCGUCAGCCGCUCCGGAGAAACUUCAAAACAUAGGCUUACCUGCCACAAACGCAUUUAACAAUAAACUCCGGCAUAUGUAAGGUAUGCUUUCUAUCCGUUACUGUCAAUUCCAGUAAGGUCGUGAUCUCAAAGGCACGAUUUAACUCACCAUGCUCCUUACUUCUUGAAGAAUUGUGGGAUUGAUUGCGGUGCGGACGUCACAAAAGCUAAAGCGCAAGGACGUGUUACCGAACGCCAUUACGGUAAACAGCGCCCCAAUAUUUCUCUCAGGUUCAUAGAUCUGUAAAGUUCCUCUUUUUUUGUAUGCACCAUAUAGCAAAAAAAAUGAAACCCGAGUUAAUACAAGGUUUAUGGAAUAUACGAUUGCUAUUUUUAAGAAUAAUGAAUAUAACAAAUGAACAGGUGUGGCCAGUGCAUCCUAUAAAUACUACAAAUAGGCCUAAUAUAUUUGCUACACACUGUUCUGUAAAUCUGUCAGUAAAACGCUUUCACUGUAAAAAUAUGUAUUUCUGUAAAUACAUUUCCUGUAUUUACAUUAGACCUACAUUUAAAUGAUAUCAAAAAUGCAUAUAAUAUUGAAAUAAUACAAUUACUUUAUUUUGCAUUGGUAUCAAAAUAUUAAUUGACUUUUAUCUUAAAAAUAUCAUAAAAAGGCAACAGAAACAAACAGACACAGACAGGGUCGCAGAUAGGCUAUAAACCUGAACAGCAGGUUUAUUUAUUUUCAGGAUACUGAUUAUUUUAAUGAUUCAAAUGAUUUGUUGUCAGUGUUGCCAACUAUUUUAAAGGUGCCAUGAAUUAAAACCACAAUUUAACCCGAGCUUUUGUUAUAUAAGAGGGAAUCAUAUUCACGCGAACAUCUUGUAAGUGUCAGAACUGAAAAUGCCAGUAACAUCUGUUAUUGACACCAGGCCCAGCGAACGCCAGGUUCUGGAAUGCACCUAUCUAUGACAGGUUGAACACCGCCUCCACAGGAGAAUAUCAAUGACUACUUCUCUAACCCCGCCCACUGGUUCACGCAUGACAAUUCUGAAGUAACGCAAAUUGCGCGGAACCAGAUAGAGCGAGCGAGCAAUAAACAUGCCGUUAAAGAUUGCUAAAUAUUGUGGAGUCAGUGCCUGGUUGUGGAAGAAUACAGUCGCUGCAUAACCUUCCUUCGGAUUCCGACAUUAGUAAUGCGUAGUUGAAGUUUAUUUUUAAAGACGUUCCAGCUCACGUGGGUAAAACAUUACAGAGGAUUCCUUUGUGAACAAGGCACAGGUCGAUGAUGGAUUUGCGGAGAGACUAAAAUGAAAAAGCAGUGCUGUGCCGUCAAUAUUGGAUCAGGAAUGGCGCAACAAUCUUAUGUGAGUAAAACAUUUUUGUACUAUGCGUCACUAUUGCUUUGUUAGAGAUCGCUUGAUAUGCCCUGAGCACUAUUCGCACGGGAUUAUUAUUACCCGGGGACCUCUAGUCAUUUGUAAUAACUGCAGAGGUUGUCUGUGAUCUUAAUCCCGUGCGAAUCGACCAUGUCUGUAAUUUGUAAAGUAAAAAUUCCCCCACAAAUGACCUACCAUCCUGUGAUAAUAUUAGUGCAAAUUGGCAUCUCUGUGAUUUGGCGGGCUCAUAUAUCAUUUUUCAAAGUUUACUGUUUUGAAGUGUUUUGGUAUUAUUUUUGGUAUUAUAUCCAUAAGUUACCGGGAGUCUCCCGUUUGUUUAUUUAUCAUGGAAACUCUCGUAACAUUUGAGAUUCGCGAUCGCGGUGAUCUUCUGUCCGGUUCGCGAUCACGGAGCUCAAAUGCUGACAGGUACGGAUAUCAUUAAACACCAUACAACUAUAGGCUAUACAAACUAUACGCAAAGCCUUGCCAUCACAUCUGGGAAAUAAGUCAGUAAAUUUGAGUAAAAUCACAGGCUUCAUUUAUCCCGUGCGAAUGCGCCACAUGAAAUACAGAUGUGGGGAGGUCAUUCAUAAAUCACACGAGGUCCCCAGAUAAUACUAAUCCUGUGCGAAUAGGGCGAAUGUGUAACCUAACGUUACGUGUCUAACCAAAUUCACAGAAGGCGUUUACUUCCAAGUCUUCUAUGCGGCCCGCCCUUAAAAACCGAGCGUUUCUCCAGCCGGCCUCAAAACCAGGGUAGAAAAUAGCCUAUUACUUAUUGAUUUUGAAGUUUUUUUUAAUGUAAAAACCACAAGUCAUAAGUACACCUCAUACAACAAAGUAUAAAACAAUAAACAAGCCCAGUUCAUCACACCUUUAAAUAGAAAGUAAACAACAAAAGUCAGUAAGUGAGCUGGCAACACUGUUGUGCAGACCUAAUAAUUGAAAGUGUUCAAACAAACUGAUUCUCUCAGCUGACUCGUUCUCGUGUUCAUGUCAGAAUGAGGCCGGACAGGUUGGGUUUCGCAAUGAAAUGGGCGUGAGUCAAUUCACAAGUACUGUCAGACAGUCAAAGCUUCAGUCUUUCAGAGCAGAUCACACCUCAAAGCCAACACAGGGAGCCGAGUAAUCCUUCUAAUGUUAUACCUUGUGCACGUUCACUGAGAAAAACAAAUUCAUCUACAAAACUAAAUUAGGAUUCUUUGAAAUCAUUUGUGGGGACUGAAACCAGUCAAAGCAAGGUAACAUGACAGAUGAUAGCAGGAUUUUAAUAAAAGGAGGGAAGGUGGUAAAUGAGGAUUUCUCAGAGAUGGCAGAUGUAUACAUUGAAGAUGGAGUUAUCAGUGCAGUAGGCUUAGAUCUGCAGGUGCCGGCGGGCACACGGGUCAUUAAUGCCACUCACAGACUCGUGCUGCCAGGUGGAAUAGACACACACACACAUAUGGAGCUGUCAUUCAUGGGCACUACAGCUGUGGAUGACUUUAAUACAGGUACCAGGGCGGCUGUAGCAGGAGGCACGACCAUGAUCCUGGACUUUGUCAUCCCACAGAAGGGGUGUUCACUCCUGGAAGCCUAUGAGCAAUGGAGAAGAACGGCCGACCCCAAAGUCUGCUGCGAUUACUCCCUGCAUGUGGCUGUGACCUGGUGGGAUGACACUGUGAAGAAGGAAAUGGAGACUCUGGUCCGUGAAAAAGGAGUCAACUCUUUUAAGAUGUUUAUGGCAUAUAAAGGAGUCUUCAUGCUGCGGGACCACGAGCUGUAUGCAGCGUUCUCUCAGUGUAAAGAGAUCGGGGCUAUAGCUCAGGUUCACGCAGAGAAUGGAGAUCUUAUUGCAGAGGGUGCAAAGCGCAUGCUGUCUCUGGGCAUCAGUGGUCCUGAGGGUCAUGAGAUGUGUCGUCCGGAGGAAGUGGAAGCAGAGGCCACUCAGCGUGCCGUCACUAUCGCCCAUUCGGCUAACUGCCCACUGUAUGUGGUGCACGUCAUGAGUAAAUCUGCAGCAAAGGUGGUGGCCAACGCACGGAGAAACGGUCGAGUGGUGUUUGGAGAGCCCAUUGCAGCUGGACUCGGUACAGAUGGCACAAACUACUGGCAUAAGGACUGGGCUCAUGCCGCAAGGUUCGUCAUGGGCCCACCCUUGAGACCAGACCCCAGUACCCCUGGAUAUCUGAUGGACCUGCUCGCCAACGAUGAUCUGAGCGUAACAGGAACAGAUAACUGCACAUUCUCGAUCUGCCAGAAAGCCCUCGGGAAAGACGACUUCACCAAAAUCCCAAACGGAGUCAACGGCGUUGAGGACAGGAUGUCUGUUAUAUGGGAGAAAGGAGUGCACAAUGGCAAAAUGGAUGAAAAUCGAUUCGUAGCUGUCACCAGUUCUAACGCCGCAAAGAUCUUCAACCUUUAUCCUAAAAAAGGGAGAAUUGCUAAAGGUUCUGACGCAGAUCUGGUUAUAUGGGACCCGAAGGCUACAAGGGUCAUUUCAGCAAAAACACACCAUCAGGCUGUGGACUACAACAUUUUUGAAGGCAUGCUGUGUCAUGGGCUUCCAGUGGUCACUAUCUCCAGAGGGAAGGUGGUGUAUGAAAACGGACAGCUGUUUGCAGAACAAGGCCAUGGACGGUUCAUCCCACGAAAACCCUUCGCUGAAUUUGUGUAUAAAAGAAUUAAUCAGAGAGAAAGGGUUGGAAAACCAAGUCCCGUGAGCAGAGAACCAUAUGCCGGAAAAGUCAUAUCUCCAACCUCAAAAUGAUUCUGCCACUAAUGAAGAAUGAUUCAUGUGCGUCAUGUUUUAGGGUCUGUCUGCAUAAAGGAGAAUAUUGUAGAAAGGCAGAAAUAUUUUGUAAAAUACAUAACACACAAUGCAGUAUUGUGAUUGUGAAACAAAAUGUGAAAUAUAUAUUUUGGUUACACAGUGAUUUAAUAGGAAUAUUCAAUUUUAUAAAUCAUGAACAGGCAAAUAAAUAUUUGGACUUUAAAAAAACCUGUGUUGCAUU